AUGGCGCUCGAGCUGGCCAAGACCGCGGAGCAAUCGAUCAAUGACUUCUUUACGCGCGACGACGCGCUCUCGCGUCUGGACCAGCUGCACUGCCGCACCCUAAAAGCCGUGGAAAAGGUGCUCCAGGUUCCGCGACCGCUCGAGUUCACGCACAAUGUACUGGACUUGGCAGUGCAAAAGGUAGCGGAGAAGCUGGCGUGGAAGCUCCUGACCGAAUCUCGUGCGACACCGACCAGCGUGGGCGUCCCGGUGCUUCUCGACCUUUGCAUUGCUGGGGUGACCAAGAAGCUCCUCGUCAAUAGUACACCGUAUAAGGUCUUGGAGGAUCUUAUGGAGGGACAGACUAUAAGUGCGUGUGAGAAGAUAUGGGAGCUGCUGGAAUCUCGCAAGGACAAACUCACGACGCCAGAUUUUAUCGCCGAGAAGGGUCGCACGACAAAGGCGUCGCUGUGUUUGCUGCGCAUGUGCAACGCUCUGCUGCGUCGCUUGUCCAAGACUCAUAACAGCGUGUUUUGCGGCAAGAUUCUGAUCUUCUUGUCGUUCACAUUCGCGCUGUCUGAACGCUCGGCGGUCAAUCUUACGGGCAAAGCAAACGUGACGAAUGUGACUGUCUACGAAGAUGAAGAAGCGUUUGACUCAGCUGAAGCGUCAGAUGCUGCAAAGAUAUCGGAAGGUGCCGUGCUUCCACUGGAGAUUGAUACUAGCGCUUCUAGUGUCGACGCCGGUCCUAUGGACUACAAUCUGUAUCGUACCUUUUGGGAUCUGCAGAGCUUCUUCCGCGAGCAUCAGAUGGUCGUCCAGUCAGCGGAGAACUGGGAGAAGUUUUUUACUGAGCUGGAUGUAGUGCUCGAAGCGUUUGAAGGCAAUGCAUUCUCGCCAGAUGAUUUAGAGCGCUCACGAGACUCAAGUGGUGGCCUGGUCUGCUCAGCGGGUGUACCUGUUCUCGGGUCAACUGGCAACACGAAUAAGGAUGCAACAGAGCAGGGUCCGCAAGACCAUUUCUUCCAGCCCAAGUACCUGACCAACAGCCGUCUCUUCAGACUACAGCUUCGUGACCCAAUCUUGCGCGAGUGCAUGCUCACACAGUUCCUUAUCCUUUUUAACGACCUCGCCAGGGUAAAGCCUCCUGCCGGUAGCACUACGCCAAAGACGAAGCUGGCUGUUUUGAAUGAGCGUGUAGUUGCCUUGCUGGAGCAAACGCCAUUAGAUGGGAAAGGUUACAGCGAGAUGGUGUCUUACGUUCUUGAACGCGAGCGUAAUUGGGUCAAGUGGAAGCAGGAAAAGUGUCCGGGAUACGAGAAGUACCCAUCUGCGACGGAGGACGAGUGUUCGGGGGCUCUAGAGCCAGCGGCAAAGCGAGCUCGUCGGCAUUUGACCUCGCCGUUGCUGGAGCAGAUUUUGUCAGAGAGCUCGAAGCCAUCGCAGAUCUUGGAGACACUCAAAGGCAAAGAGCGAGCGUCCGAGGUUUCCAUCGCUACGUAUACCGACCGCUUUAAAGAAGCUUGGAAUCCCGAGAACGGCAUCGAAGAGCAGUAUUGGCCGGACAAAGAUGAGAUGGUCUGUUGGCGAACGAUGCGUGCUGCGAUCAAGACGAACGUGAAAUGUUUGGACUUGGCGGUGGAGGGCACGGGCUCGCUUGUCAAGGGUAUUCUUGGCACUGAUACCACCGCGUCGAGCAAGGUAUCUACCGUUGUUUCAACGGUCAAGCCUGUAGGCGCGGAAACUGCUCUUGUGAAGGAAGAGCCUGGCAAAGAAAAUGGGUCGGACCAUGACGCAUCCAAGGACACAGCGUCCGGUACGAGGAAGCGAGGAAGAAGUGCCUCUCUUGAGGGUACACAAAUUGGCGAGACUCCAUCAAUGAAGCGCGAGCGAAUGGGAAACAAACGCUACGACGACGAUGUUGAGGACGGCGAAGAGGCAUGA